AUGACCGAAUAUAAAAUGGCUUUAGCCAAGCUUCCGCCGCUGUCCGGUGGGAAAGUGGCUCCAGUGUCUUCCCCUGCUGUCCAGCGACUUGAGCGACUAAAUGGACCCUCAUACAAACUUAAUGAGAGACUGUACCCGCUACCACCACCAAGUGUUUUAAAGCCUUAUGUAGACACAAAGUCCGGAGAGCUGGAUAUGUGGCCAGCCUAUGCCAGCAGCCGGGCACUGUCCUGCACCAUAUCCAUGCACUCCAAGCCCAGAAGUCUGGUGAUGAGUGACGAUGACAUACGGAGGUCGCAGCUGAUCCCAAAACCACGAUUUCUGGAGCAGUUAGAAAAUUUUCUAAAGAAGGAGCUUAAAGCUCUAGGUGUAGCUGAUGUACAGCCAAAUGAACUGAGACUGCAGGCAUAUCGAGAAGUGUUUGAAUACCUCAUCGAUGAUUUUAAAACUUACAAGCCCUUGCUGGCAGCUAUAAAAAAUGAAUAUGAAAUGAUGCUGGCACAUCAGCGACAACAGAUACGACAGCUGGAACCACUGAAGCAAAUGGUGGUCACCGUUUCAGAGCAGUGUGAGCAGAAAAUCCUGGCUGUAAGGAAUGAAGAACUGCAGGAAAUGGCAGAACUGAAGAAAGAAAACAGAAAUCUUUAUGCUCAGAUUUCCAGCUUGAGGAACCAGCAUGAAGAUCUCAGGGAACAAGUUGAAAGGUUAAAGAUUAAGCUGCAAGAAGAGUACCACAAGUACAGAGAUGAAUGUGAUGCCCGCAAGCUCCUGGUGGCCGACAUCAACGACCUGCGUUACCAGCAGGAAGACUACUUGGCUUCUAGAGCGGAAGCCGAACAAAAUCAGGAAACAGAGGAGGAUCCCCUUGUGCUGAAACUUGCACUGAUAAAGACACGAGAGGCAGAGACAGCAGCUACCCAACGGUUGAAUGAGAUGAUUGCUAACUAUGGAGAUGUUGUUCCCAGGAGAGAUUAUGAGAUGCUGGAAACCAAGUUAAAGGAGCUGGAACAAAAACUGGAAGAAUCACACAAUGAUUUCAGGAAACUUCAAGCAGAGCACAAUGCUGUGUUGGACAUCCAGAAGCAGAUCGUACAGAAGAGAGAUGAGUUCUAUAUCGAACUGGAAACUCUCAAAAGAAGCUCUACUCCCAGACCAGCUUGGGACAAAUGUGCUGACUUUGUGCAGGGAGGUAUUGUCCGAUGGAAAGAGCUGUCCGAAGGGAAAAGAAGUAAUGAGCUAGUGGACGUUUUGCUCAGUGAAAUUCAAUCGGGUGGAUUUGUGGAUACAGUAGGUGCGGAUUACUUUGAUCCUCAGGGAACAGGUCCUGAGGUGGCCGAAUAUCUGCGAUGUGACCAGCCUGUACGCAACAGAAGGUUGAGCAAGCGGGACACUGUGUUGCUGAUCAGGGACAUCUGGAGGACCAAGUCAGCCAAAGAUGCUGAGAGGACUGAUGGAAGCAGACAGAACAUGGGAGAGUUUCUAGCUGAGUACCUGAAGUCGAGGUUUCCCCUAGAGCAGAUAGUUCUAGAGUGGGGUUACAAUCUCCAUGACGCCUGCCAGAGGUAUGCCAAUGAUGAGAUCAUUGGACUGUUCUGGAGUGUUCUGAAUGGGGAGGCAGAUGAAGAAAUCUUCCACUCUCAGCUCAUGACAAUUCAUAGACUGCUGACGAGCAUGACAAAGCUUGAUGCCCAGAAGGGCAACGAGGGGAUUCUGAGUUUUGAAGACUUCCGCAAAUGUCUGGUGGAGUUUUUCCAUUUGUCAGACCAAGAGAAUGAGGCCACAACUGUGACUAUCAUGAUGAAAGCUGUGCAGGAUGAGUUAGAAAUUACUGACGAGCAACCCGUUGAUUAUAAAGUCUUAUUUACAGAGGAUGAUGAGGGUAAAACUGGACCAUUCUUGGAUGAAGUGAAGAAGUUUCUCAAGACCCAGAAAGAGACCUACAUCAAUGAUAUCAAGGAGAACUUUUCAGAUUCCAGCCCUGUUUCAGUUGAUGAUCUGAUGAGGGCAAUUUCUAUGGCAGACCCAGAGAUCAGCAAUGAGAAAAUGCAUGAAUAUUUGACGUGGGCAUUCAACACAACCAUUGAAGGACUGCAGGAUGCAAACCCAGCCGAGCAGUCAUUUAUCUUGAAGAGACUGGCCAAUGGGAAUUUUUCUAGGAUAGGACGGAAGAUGUAG